AUGGAGAAGCUGCCGGACGACGACGUCCUGGCGAUCCUGGAGCGCGUGGCGGGCAUCCCGGACCUCUUCCGCUGCGCCGUGACGUGCACGAGAUGGCGCCGCCUCAUAGCCGACGCUUCUUUCCUCCGCCGCUGCUGGCCGGAGGGCGUGCGCCACCCGUCCUCCCUCAUUGGCUUCUUCGCCGAGCAACGGCGCCAUGACCUCCAGGGACGACAAGAAAUAUGGAGCGCCCCUCCGCCCGUGAUGCCCCCGUCCUUCGUCCCGGCACCGUGGUCUCCUCUCGGCCCUCGCCGCCCCUACUCCGACGUCGUCCCUGACGAUCAGGCCAUCCUGGCGGCACUGCUCGGCUCGCGCCACGGUCUUCUCCUCGUGCGACUCGUCCCACACAACGAACUAAUCGACGCGUCCUGUAGAUUCAACAGAUUGGCCCUGUUCGACCCGCUCGCCCGCACAAGUCGUGUGCUACCGCUGCUGGACACCAAUGGGCACCUCAGAAUCACCGGAUGCGCCAUUAUAACAGAUGCGGAUCGUUGCCCGAACGAACGGCGAUGCCCGGCUCCGACGUCGUCAACCUACCCAGCCCUCUUCAAGGUGCUAAUCAUUGGUACCUUCCAAGUUGGUGAUCUACCAGGGUACAAGCUAUGCAUCUUCACGUCCUCCGAUUCAAGGUGGAGCACGCCCGUAAAGUUCUACGACCCUUGGGAGCAUCGAGUAUAUGCGGCGCCAAUACAAGCCAACGCUGUCGUGUGCCAAGGCACGGCACAUUGGCUAUUCAAGAGCGUCUCAAAAGACUACGCACUAGAAGUAAGCCUUGAGACCGCCCACGUCUCUCUUACAAAGCUCCCGGUCACACUGAGCAACACCGGUUGCAGAUGCUCUGGUACAUCACUGCUUAGUGUCAAUGGUGACGGAAAGUUGUUGCUUUCUGUACAUUAUAAAUUCCUCUCGCUGGAGAUCUGGACAUGUCAAGGUGACAUGAGUGAAGAUGGCACUAUAGACUGGCUCCACACUAAGACGAUUGAGCUAAACCGACCCCAACAAGGUUGGGUCGUCCCGGCGCAAUGCAUCUGCCUGGGUGAGAUGGGUGGUGCAUUGCUCCUCAAGGACAACAAAGGUUGCACGCACAUUCUUGAUCUCCAAACUGGGGCAAUGGAGAUUGUCCAAAGCUGGUUUUGCGGUGUUGUUGUCAGAGCUAUCCCGUUUGAGAUCGAUUGGCCGGCCUUUUUCAUGUCUCGCUUGGUGGGCGGUAGCAUUGAGAGGACUAAAUUUGGAGGAGCUAUAUUGGAUUCUUUUGGGGAGGAAUUGUUCGGCCAGUUACUUUUGGGUUAAUAAGUUGUACUGCAUGUGCCUCGUAAGAGCUACAAAAGUGUAAAGUUUGUGUGUGGCAGAUGUUUUUUUGUUUUGAACGUGAAGUGUGGCAAACUUGAUGGCAUGCAAAAUAAUUAAGAUCAUGGACACUGGCUACGGGCUACGGCUUGUUCGUCGGAUCAAGAGGAUGAAAUAGCAGUAUGCAACUUAAUUUGUGCUUGGGGUGUAGAAUGUCCUCUAUGGGUUCUUUCAAGCUGCCCGUUUUGACAUGUUCUUCUUUAGACAUGGUAUGCUAGCUGUACAAAUAGUAAUGAAUGGUGUCGUCUGUAUCAUGUGAAUAUCAAUUACUUUUUCGAUAAAGGACAUUUCAUUGAAUUGAUAUAUUAAGGUGAUACAAUCGCAUCUAAAGAAUGCCCGGCCUCUGCAUAACUUGAUGCACACAGCCAAAAAGUCCAAUUGACCCAAAAAAUAAAAACGUUUUACAACUUAAAAAGAUAAAUUAGUCCAGCCUAUGAUGUGGCAGAUCCUAUACGGAGAUCACAACGCCAUCCAUGGGGAGAAAACCUCCCUGGCCGUACGCUCCAGCCGCGUAGACGCCAUCAUAAAAAGGUCCCUAUCCUCCGGCCUCUGCAGGAUAGACCAAGUACGGAGCCAUCACGUACAUACAUGAAUAACCUACAUAGGAGAUGAAACACAUUUUUUAUUAAAAACCACAUCAUUCCUGGUAAGCCACAAUGCCCACCAUAAGGCAGCCGCCCCCACAAGAAUAUA